GACCGUUUUGUUUGUGGUUUUGUCCCUCGAGUUACCAAACACUGUUUACAUGUGCAUUGUUACAUGAGCGUGAAAAAUCAGCUGAUUCUGUGAUAUUGCAUAACUUCAACUUUACAAAUUAAUUUUCUCUCCGUUUUACGUUGUUUAAUUUUAUCUCGUUUUGAAAUUACAAGACACUCGUGCGUCAGAACGAUCACAAAUGACAAUUGAAAUCACUCUCUGAUAUCUCCUCUUUCUGUCUUUUUCUCGUGUAUUGUAAAAAACGAAAGAUUUCGCGCGCGCGCGCACACACACACAUACGCACCCACCCACGUACUACGUACUCUUUAUGUGUGGGUUUGUGUAAACGACAAUUGUGUGCGUUGCGCUUCGUGACUGCUCGCCAUCAUUGCGCGAAUACAGCUGUCAACGCUGUCAGAUUUGGAACCGACCGCGGAACGUCAUCGCCAUUGAUGUCUCUCUAAAUUUGUUUCCUUUUCUUGCUCGUGCUAAGAAAUCGCGAACAGAGUCGAGAGAAACAUGUAAAACGCGCGUUUCGCGAAAUCGAAAUUUUGUUUCCGAAUAAAUAACACACGGCCAGACAAGUGAAUAACGAGCGUCCGAUGAGACGCUGAUAUGUUUUUUCGAUGGAGAGCGGUUUAACUCGGUUUAACGACAAUGGCGGCAACGACCCCGUCGAAGAGAAGACUUCAGAAGGAGUUGAUGUCCUUGAUACGCGAGCCUCCACCUGGUGUACAUGUAGAUGGAGAACUGGCGGAACAAAAUUUGACACAAUGGAUCGUUCAUAUGGAGGGUGCCAAAGGCACGCUAUAUGAAGGAGAGCAAUUUCAGCUUCAGUUUAAAUUUAGUUCCAAAUAUCCUUUUGACUCGCCCGAAGUUACUUUUAUUGGUGGAAAUAUUCCAAUACAUCCACAUGUUUAUAGCAAUGGUCACAUAUGUUUGUCAAUACUAACGGAAGAUUGGUCUCCUGCACUCAGUGUACAAACCAUCUGUCUGAGUAUUGUUUCCAUGUUAAGCAGUUGUAAAGAGAAGAAGAGGCCACCUGACAAUACAUUCUAUGUGAAAACUUGCAAUAAGAAUCCAAAAAAAACAAAAUGGUGGUAUCACGAUGACAGUGUCUAACAAUUGAGGAAUAUACAAAGAUCGUAUCAACUUGUCAAGUGAUUGUUGGAUUAAG